GUGAGGAGAUUGGCCCCUGGAGACGGAGAUGAAGGAGUUUGCUUCUGGGGAGGGGUUGCGAGAGAGGCAAAGGGUGCUGGUGAAGGACAGAAACAGCCCUGGAGCUGUCUGGCUGGAUGUGCACCCGUGCAGGAGAACUGCAAGAAGCUGGUGGCACCAGGGCAGGACCAGCAGCUCCUGUAGCAGGAGGAGGUAAGCAGAAGGGGCGUGCCUCUCCCCCAGCGGGCUGGUGUCCCGGGGCUACCGGUGGGAUGACUCCUCUGUGACCUCACUGCGGACCCGGUGUCAGGGUGCACCAUGCUGUGCAGGCUCUUGCUGCUCUCCCUGCUGCUAGGGGCUGUCCUUGCACGGCCCUUAAAACAGAGGGCCAGCUACUCAGUCCCUGAGGACUUCUCUGCUCCCCUCGAGCUUCCACAGAAACACUUUGGCCUGGUGGAUGAUUAUGGCAUCAAACCCCAGCAGCCCCACUUCAGGACCCAAGGGGCCCGGGAGCGGUCAGCAGGGCUGCACAGAGCUGGCAAAAGCAAGCAUGAUGAGCUUGACUUGCUGGAGUACUACGAUGAAGCCCACCUGUGAGCCACCAUGUCCUUGUGCCCACCACAGCCCAGCCUCAGGGACACCCCUGCUGCUGCAGGACAGUGUAGGUGCUGGGGUGUAGGAAAAGGAGGGUGACGAUAAUGGUAAACCCUGCUUUGGGUGGGGACUGGAGCAGAUUACCUCCAGCAGUUCCUUCUGAUCAUCAUAUGAUGAUGCCAGGGGAGGUUUAGGCUGGAUAUAAGGAAGUAUCUCCUCACUGAAAGAGUUAUCAAACGUUAGAAUGGUCUACCCAGGGCAGUGGUGGAGUUGCUGUCCCUGGAAGUGCUUAAGCAGCCUGUGGGCUUGGCGCUUAGGGACAUGGUGUAGUGUUGACCCUUCAGUGUGGAAGGUUGGACUGGAUGGUUUUGAAGGUGCAUUCCAACCAAAUCUAUUCUGUGAUCUACUACUACCUGAAAGGAGAUUGUAGGGAGGUGGGUGCUGGUCUCUCUCUCUUCUCUCAAGGCACAAGUGAUAGAAGAAGAGGAAAUGGCCUCAGAUCGCACAAGGGGAGGCUUAGUUUGGACAUCAGAAGCAAACAAAAUCUUAACCGAUCUGGUUCUUGAACACUGGAACAGGCUCAUCAGGGAGGCAGUUGAAUCUCUACUCCUGGAUGUGUUUAGAAGACAGAGGGUGGUGCUAAGGGACAUGUUUUAGCACCAAACUUGGUAGAGUGAGAUAAUGGUUGGAGUGGAUGAUCUUAAAGGUCCUCUCGAACCAAAAUGAUUCUGUGGUUCUAUUCUAUCUCUGACCUCUAGGGAAGCUUCAGCUCCUCCUCGAGUCCCAAGAAGGGAGCCAGGGCCCAAAACCACUAUAGUGAGACACAAACAUCACAGCAGCCCUGUUCCAUGAACCAUCAUAUUUAAUAGUUGUUGCCAUCACAGCAGAACCAGCUGAAGCACAGAGACUGCUGGCUGCAGGGACCAGGAGAGCUCUCCAGGCUCCCUGGUGCUUCACACAGCCCCCUGCAGGCUUUAGCCCUUCCCUGCCCUGCUGCCGGCAGGCACUCAGCUCUGCACGGGUGAGCCCUGAGCUGGCCCAGCCCUGC